UAGGUUGGUCCCCCCUAUGGGGGUAUCGCUCCACAUGUGUAGAGGGGCUUUCUCUUUGCACUUGGCUUCAAAUCAAGAUGCCUCCUAAGAAGGACCCCAAGAAGGAUGCUAAAAAGCCGCAGAAGGCACAGAAGCCAGCUGGGUCUGGUGGCGGAAAGGCCAAGAAGAAGAAGUGGUCUAAGGGAAAAGUUCGUGACAAGCUGAACAACUUGGUUCUCUUCGACAAAGCUACCUAUGACAAACUGUACAAGGAAGUCCCCAGCUACAGACUGAUCACCCCAUCCGUGGUGUCCGAGAGACUAAAGAUCCGCGGCUCCCUCGCCCGCCGAGCCCUGUUGGAGCUGCAAUCAAAGGGUCUGAUCAAGGAGGUGUCCAAGCACCAUUCUCAGCUGAUCUACACCCGAGCAACCAAGGGUGCUGACGAGUAGGCAUCUUUGACAACUAAUAAAUUACCAUUCUGAGA